ACUCACGGUCAGACAUUCUCAUUCUUUAUCAAUACCUCACCAACAUUAAUUUGUAUUUCAUAAAGUCGAACGCCCUUUAGUGCCAAAAAACAGUGGCGCUAUAAUAUGGAACGAAUUCUCAUAGUCUACGGAAUUUACCAGGAGGCGGUUCCAUUCCAAAAGAAUCUUAGUUUGAUGUUUUAUCUGGUAUUUAUGUACAAAAGUUAUAAUCCCCCUGUUAUUCCCACAAUUUGCCCAGACUCAGAUCAUCUUGGUUUCUUCAGGAGUUUAAUUGAUACCGGCGAUGGGGAAAUUCUUCUCUAUAAAUAAUAAUAAUAUAUUAUGCUAUAGCCGAAAUCUGCUCAAACAGGCGGAGCAGGAUUUACGUAAGUCAGGCUUUAGUGCCUCACGACUAUAAUUGCAAAUGUACUUUUUCUCUUUAAUUAAAAAGUCAUAUUUUUUAAGCACAAAAAACUAUCGCGGCUAACAAUGUGCAUUCACUACAUGAUGCUAUUCUCGAUCCCUUGCACAAUCAAUACUUAGUACAAUGUGUAACAAAGAUCCGAGUGUAGAGAAUCUUUGCUUUGUGUAGUCGGAUUUAGAAAAAUCCUGGCACAAAACUCUUAGGCCAAAAUGGCUGAUGUUGUGAAGCCUGAUUCAUGUGUUGUGCUUGUCUUGCAAAGUUUUCUUCUGUAUUCUCACGCUUUCUGAACAUGAUGUUAGAAGUAUCGACUGCAUGGAACCAAGGAAUAAUUAUAUUAUAGCUAUAAUGCAUUGUAUAGCCUAUAACGAAUGGUAUUCAUUUGUUCAUAAAACUUCUUCUGGACGAGAAUCAACAAUAUUUCUUGGUUCGGCCUAGCCUGAGAGCUGCUAAUAUUUACAUUGCCAGAAUGGACCCCCUUCAGGAUUCCAUGAGAGACCAGCCCAACCCUGGAACCACAGAGUUAUCCAUCAGUCAAAUUCUCUCUGAGUUCAAAUCAACUCUCUCGAGGAGGAAUACCAACUGCAAAGGAAAACUCACCAUUACUCUAGGUGAAACUUCAGGAGUUGAUAUAAAAUUUCAGCCACAUCAGACAGGAACAUUGGGCACUCAAAGUUAUCUACCACCUACCAAUUCUUCAGAAAAUCAAAGAGCGUAUGAACAAAGAUUCUUAGUGCCCCAGACAACUCUUAGAAGCUCGUUGUGUCCACAGCAGAAUUACAUCCCGACUGUAGCUGAUCACAGUGCAUCUAGAGAAGAUUCCACGGCUGGAUGGUUGUCAAAGAACAUUCCUGUCUCUCUGUUGUCAGACUCGCAUGUUGAUAACCCAGCAGGACCAGCAGUUGUAUACAAUCAUCCUCCAGCAAUGGGAUUCACCACUUCAAACAUUCAUAGUUCCCAAGAAUUAACUUCUGUCUCUUCAGGUAUACAACUAAAAAGUUUAGAAAAUGCAUGUCUUCCGAGCAUAUCAUCAUCUCAUAUAGGACACUUCCCAACAAGCUUACCCACGUCAGCUCUGACUAGCCUUCCGCCUUUCGAGAAGAUCAUUGAACAACGGUUUCCUCUUCUGAUGAGCAAUUACUCUCAGCCUGAAAGUAUGACAUCGUUUCAAGACAUCACUUCUACUUUUUUAUUUAACAACCCUCCUCAACUGACAACGUCACCAACUGGCCCAAAAAUUUUGGAGGACUCAGCACAGUAUCAGCACGUUCUUGAUGAUAAUAACCAUGCUCUUGGUGACAAUCAAAGGAUGGAGAAUCUAUUGAAUGAGCAGACAACUUCCCUCUCUAUGGAGCACCUACCACCUUCUUGUACUAGACAACAAAAUGUGAAUGAUGUGCCAAAGCUAGCUAGGCAGCAUAUGGUUGAGAGAAAUUUUGUUGUUGAUUUCCCUACCCAUCCUAAGGAAAGUGGAGAGGACUCUGUCCGAAUUUCUACUUCACAAGAACACCCUGCUUUAUCAAAAGGGCCUAUACCGGAGAAAGUUUUGUGUCCUUCCAGUGAAAGUGAGAAAAAGUCUCCAUCCGAGCAAUCCUGUCAGAGAAAUAUUACAGUGGAAGACUUGAAAAGUGGAAAAGUAUCGACGGAGGAUUUGAGGAGCAUGUCCCAUGAUGAAUUAAUUGCUUUGUUGGUACUAGUAAUGGACUUUUUUAAUUCAUCAGGAGAAUCCACCCUGAAAAAGUCAAAGGAAUGCGAGUCUAAAAGCAGAAAAGUACCAGAACCCCUGAAGAAUGACAGUGACUCUGUGAGCAAAGAAGCAGCACAGGUCCACGAGGAGCAAUCUGCUGCUGUUAAAGCAAAUAUUGAUUCCCCUGCUGCUGCAACAAGACCGAAACGUAAGACUUACAAGCCCCUCAGGACUGAUCAGGAUGAGAUGACAGAAAUUGAUAGUGGAAAAGGGAAGUUUUCAUUUUCAGUUGAUGGCGGUUUGGUACCACCACUUGCACCACAAGAAGAUGACAAAAUGCUCAGAGGAAAUCGCAGAGUUAAGAAGAAGGCUUUCAAUGCCCCAGAGAAGAACUCGAAAUCUGAAGAUAUUGACACUCCUACACAACCUUUAAAAAAGAGAAACAGACUUCGUGCAAUAAUUAAAAAUGAUGACGCUGAUCAAGUGAUUAGUUUUGAGGAAAAAACAAACUCUAAUGAAAUUAUUGAUCAAGAGACCAGCAAUAUUGAAAUGGAGGCUGGGAAUGUAACUGCUAAUUCUAGAACUUUCAAGAAAGUAGCACGAAAGAGUUCUGAAAGGAAGGAGAAAUGUUUUACAUGCAAAGAAUGUUUUAAAAGUUUUUCAAGCAAACUCUUAUAUAGACAACAUGUUAGAACCCACUCCACAGGGUAUCAGUGUGACGUAUGUGGGAAGACUUUGAAGACCAAAGACUCUUUGUAUCAUCAUCACCGGGGCUUGCAUAGUAAAGACAAGCCAUACCAGUGCCGAGAGUGCAAUGCGUCUUUCAGUUUUCACCACAGUUAUAAACUGCAUCUUCAGAGACAUAAAGGAGAACGACCUCAUAAAUGUGGUAUUUGCCAUAAAACUUACCUCACAUCAAACCAUUUGAAGGUGCACACAGAAGCAGCCCACGGUAUAGGGAGUAAAGUUUGCAAAAUAUGUGGUAAAACAUUUUCCUAUAGCAGCAGCCUCAGAUUACAUCUUUACUCACACUCUGAGAACAAACCCCAUAGAUGUGAUAAGUGUGGCAAAAGUUUUAGUACAAAGCAAUCUUUACGAGCCCAUUUGUUGACUCAUGAAGAAAGUAAAAAUUUCCCAUGCAAUAUAUGUGGGAAAUUUUAUAAAUCGGAGCACUCAAGAAGUAUUCACUGUGAAAGGCAUAAAAAUCGAAUAAAGAAAUUUAUGUGUGAUAUUUGUGGAAAGGUGUUUCUCUUUAAAAGUACUUUGAAAGCUCACACUGCCACUCAUAGCAAAGCAAGACCUCAUGAAUGUCAAAUUUGUGGAAAGUCCUUUAAGUCAAAAGCAUCCCUAUAUACUCACAAAUACGUCCAUAAGGAUACUUAUCCAUUUCUGUGUGGUAUAUGUGGUAAAUCAUUCAAGUCAAAGAACUGUUGUGCAGCUCAUAUGAAACGACACGAAAAUAAUGAAAAACAUGUUUGCCAAACUUGUGGUAGUUCGUUCCCAGACAAAGGAGGGCUCACAAAGCAUAUGAAAACUGUUCAUUUACCAAAGAAACACUUUACUUGUACCAUAUGUGGGAAAAAAGGAACAAGAGCAGAUAAUAUGAGGACUCAUGUGAAAAGCCACCGAGCAGAAAUCAGUGGAAAUCCUAACCCAAUGGAUUUUAUUCUGGAAGAGUCUGUAAAUGAUAUGACUAGCAGUCAAGCACAAGUUAUCAUAGUGCGCCCAAGGGUACGAACUUCUGGACUUAAAAAUAAUCGUAAGCUUUAUCCAAAGGAAAAAGAAGAAGAUAAAGAUAAAGCUGCACUUGUUUCUGAAAAUGACCCCAAGGAAAGGCCAUCAGUCUCUAAAGGUGCUGCUUGUGUGAAGAAUGAACACCACUUAACAGAAAAUUUGCAACCAAAUAUUUUGGUAGCCCCUCCCACAGAUCCGCAACAGUUUCCUCAGCAGACAUACAUGUUGUCUCAUAACCCCAGCUAUCCACAGCAUGCACAGAGCACCCAUCUUUCAGAAAUGACUCAACAGUUCCAGCCAGCCCUUACCCACCAGCCUCAACAUCAUGUGGGCCAUGACAAAGUGCCGUCAUACCUGACGUAUCUUUACCAUCACGAUAUGGCAUCUGACGGUCACAGCAGCGGUAACACCCCUUUGGGCCCACCAAUGUCGAGUCUACUGUCAGCAAUGACACCAUUGCCAGAGAAUGAUGUCACAGGAACUACUCAAAUCUCAGUGUCAGGAUACAACAGCAACACUAUCCAUUCUUUCCAUGCUUCACUUUCAGAUGGGCACAGUCAGGCUGGUCCUAGAGUACUCGGCUCUUUGUACACAGACAACAUGCCUAUGUCUAGUGGUUUGCCUCACCUUCACCAAGCUGUCAAUCAAUCAGGCCCCAUGCACGACUCCAUUCUUCUAGAACAUGAGCCAACAAUGGCUCAGCUAACAGAUGCAAAGAACUCUGUUGUUUUUCAUGGUGGCUCCUCAACACACGGAAUUGUUGAGAGUGGUCACUGAGUAGUGAAUUAUGUUAUUACAGUGCACAUGGUGUUCAACUUACAUGUAUUACAUGCUUAGUUUGUGGGAUGAGAUGAAAGUGGUGAGAAUACAGAGAGAGAGAAAAUUUUAGGUGAGCUUAUGUGCUUAUUAUUUUUAUGUGUGGACAUUAUGUCAUCAAGAUAGUAUCAAUGUAGGCCUACCAGCUAAUCCUUUGUGAUAGAGUUACCAAAUUAAUUAUCAUGAUCAAGUAUGGUCUGUUUAUUAUUAGUCAGGGAUCAAAUUUGUAGUUUUUAUACUUUGAUACAUUUUUAUAGGUAUUAUUAAAGUAGGCCUAUCGAGAUCCAAACUUUGCAUUCCACGAAAACUUUCUCUUAAGAUGAAGCUGUACUAGUCAAAAGAUUGUAGAAAAACUACAGUUAAACAUAAUAAUAAUACAUGUAUUUUUAUAUAAUCCCUGCUUUUUUAUCUUUUGUGAAUUCACAAUGAUUUGAGUCAUAAGUCCAGUGAUAUUGUUAUGGUGACCAAGAUGUUUCCUAUUCUGCUGCAAAUACUUGACUGUUCCAAGCAGUAUACAAUGAACCGGAACCCGCUUAAACCAAAGCAGUGGCAAAUCUAAAGAUCUUAAGAAAGUAGAAUCCCCAAUUUUUUUUCCCUGUUGUUUUCGCAAUCAUUCGAAACUUAAAGCAUGGCUCAACUUUUAAAAAUCAGUGAGUCCUGCAGAUUUCGAUUAAGACACCACCAUACUUUUGAACAUUAGUGAGAGGAUUCUUUUCUGAGUUUUGUGGCUCACACUGUGCUUCUAUUCUUUUGAAACUAAUGAAGCUGCACCACCUUGGCUUGGUUGACUAUGCUUUAAGGUUAAAUCAAGUGGCACACAAACAAGAAUGCUUUGUUGACCAUUGACAUAUAUUUGUGCUCCACCUGUUUUGCAGUGCUCACCCCUUUUCCUGUCUUCCACCUCAGGCUGUCUUUGUUUUCCCGUAAUCACUUUGAAUACAACCUGUGAGAUGGCUAUACAUGUAUUCUGUGAAUGCACUUUCUACCCAUCCCUCUCUUUUGGAACAACUUUUGUUAGUGUUGAAAUGUUGCAACUUGCACACUUGGAAUUGGAACCCAAUAUAUGAAUUGAAUUAUUAUUAUUAUUAUUAUUAUUACUAUUAUUAUUAUUAUUAUUAUUAUUAUUAUUAUUAUUAU